CUUCUAGUUGGGGAACCCGUAACCGCAAACAAAACCCAUUGACAUCCAUUAAAUAACUGGAAUCUGGUCUCCUUUCCUGCGUUCUGCUGAAGUCAGGGCGUUAGCAUUAUUAGCCCUUACGCUUUUUUGGUUAAUAAUAAUAGACUAAUGGACCUGCCGUCCAGUACAAAAAUUAAGUAAGUUCUGUGUGAAAUGGAGUUUGUGCAGAAUGUUGCAGACCUUUGCGCGCAUGCGCAGUAGUUGGAGCGACUUGUAAAGUACAUGUUAAAGACUUCAUUUGAAAGAUUUUCUCAGUGUAAUUGAAGUUUCAGAAACAGUAUGUAUGGUACUGUUGAUAUCAUGACCUUAGCCAGUGAUUUAACAGAUAUCAUUCAGACUCGCUGUUUGACUGAAACAGUCGCAAGGAUUGUGGGUGAUUGGAGGACACAAGGGAUAUACUUCAUGCAUUUGUCUGUUUGUGUGUGUGAUCUCAGACAACAAAUACAUAAUAAACUGCCAUGGGUCUACAUUAAUAUGAACACAAGAAAACAAUACAAGGGUAUUCAAGAUGAUAAAAGCUUAAAUGAAUGAAAUACAUGUUUUACUGUCAUAUAGAUUUUGGUGUAAUGUGUCUUCUGUAACAGCUGGGUGAGUUUUAUUCAUCUGUACUCUACAGUUUGAAAUGAACAAUCAUAGCUGUUAACUAGAUGUUCAUUUUAUCAGCUUUUCAUGUUUUAAUAAACAGUUUUGCUUAAAUGAUCAUUUAUUAUUUACAAUAAAUAACGGAGAUCAUAAUGUUUGGGGAGACAGCCGUAACAUGUCGAUGAAAGUAACAUUUAGCAUUUUAUCAAUACAUUGCCUACUUGAAGUGUGUGACUUUCAUAAACAUACAGUGAAAUUGCGUCUAAGUAAAAAAUAACUGUAAUAAAAGGUUUGUUACAUUUGUGAUUAGUUGUCCUGUCCUUUAUAUAUACCUUCAUAUAACAACACGUUUACUGAGGUAACAAACAUAUUUGUGUUUUAUUAUCAUUCACGUGUCUUUUUUAUUUAUUUGAUUUGAAAUGUAAGUGUUAUCGUUAACAUUUUCUUAACAUUCGACUACUGUCAUUUUUCUCCGUCAUGUUUCUCCCUGACCAGCAGAUGGCAGCACUGGCAAGCUCUCAGAUGAGAUCUUCAUGAGUUUCCAUUAAACGCAUGACAACGACUCGACACAAUAUUUUUGGAAGUCUGUAAACUAUUUAUGGCACAGAACGUUUAUUUGGGAGAUUUAUUUAAUUAGAUCUUAAUAACUGGGCUAAAUGUAGAUAUCAGAGGGUUCGGAUGACAGGUAAAUGUCAUCAACAGAGCACUUAGUGUCCAUGGAAUGACAUCAGAGUAACUCUUUAUCAGAGUCGAGGGACAGAGCUGAUUGGCUGUCCGGUGCCUGUCUGUCUGCUGAUUGGAUGAUAGGAGAUAAUUCAACUCCUACACAUAUCAUACAUCAGUUCUCCUGGUGAAUAUAUAGGCGCUUGAACAUUGUUGCUUCACACAGUAGAAUCAAGUUGUCAAGUUCGCAGAAUCAAUAUUUUGUAUUGAACAAGAGGACAAAUCCAUUGGUGGCGAGGUUGCCAUGUUUCUCUUGAAGAUCUCUUCAGUCCUUGUGGCUUACGCUGUGAUUGUGUGUCAGAUGUCCAGCUCGCAAGCUGCUCCAGUGAGAGGUGCUCCAGACUCACUGACGGACAGACUCGCGCUCACGGACUUUGAAACGCGGCGGUUAUUGAGCGCCAUCAUCAAAAGUGUCGUGCAGAUGACGGCAGAGGAGCCGGAGCCCGUGGAAGAAGAUAACGGCAGUGUGACGGCACACAAGCGAGCGUGUAACACAGCCACAUGUGUCACGCAUCGACUGGCAGAUUUCCUCAGCCGCUCCGGUGGGGUGGGCAACAGCAACUUUAUCCCAACCAACGUGGGCUCCAAAGCGUUCGGCCGUCGCAGGAGAAACCUUCAGCUUUAGUCAUGCCAGCCGUGAGGACGACACCACGUCACCUUUUCACCAUCUCCUCUCAUGAGCUCUCGCUUUUAUUUUUUACAAACAAACACACAAUUGUAAAAAUGCACUUCUGCACUUAUGUUGUGAUCCAUAUGUAUUGACUGAGCAUAUACAGAGAAAUUCUAGAUUUUUAUAUGAAAUAAAUGAGAUAUUUAAAGACAUCAGUGUUUAUAUUUGUGAAGAAGAAUCUAUGCGAGAAGAGAAUACAUGUCUGAUCAUGUUUGUGUAGCAUAACAAUAAAUGAAGUCGUGAACUUCAGCUUUGCUCCUCUUGCCAGAUAAAUGUGUCAUCGGCUCUUCUGAAGGUCUGUUUCUCACAUAGUUUCCCUCUCGUUCACAGUCCUGAUGUUAUUGUGUACAUGAAGCUGAGCUGUGUAUUUAGAUCCUCUGACAUUGUUAGGAAUUUAUUGCAGAGGAUAAAAAAAACCUGAAUAAUUAUAAUAAACGACAGGAUUAAUUGAUAAAAAGGCAGAAUGUUGGCACCUGCAAAUAA